AUGUUGGUUGUAUUACGGAGUGUUACUUCACAACUUGCACUCCACGAUGUGACAGUGCUUGCGGGUCUGUUAUCGAAUCCAUUCCCCUUACCUACCAAGGCUGAGACUGUAACCGUAUUCGCAUAUGCUGAGGAUAUCCGUACGGGUAGGUACCCUUCGUCGUGGGUUCUCAGGUGA